GUUUUUGGGAGGUCGAAGUGGCACCAGUUUGAGAACUUGGUCGCGUUUCCGCAUCCGUUCCCAGAUCAUGACGCUGCACUUGGGAGUCGCCAGUGCCACGAACGCCGGGCUUCCCGGUGCAUUCAGCGAAACCGUCAAGGUGGCCGUGCUCGGCGCGGGCAACUUUGGGACCGCCAUGGCGCAAAUUGCCGCGCGGCAGGGCCACCAAGUGUCGCUUUACGCUCGCAACCAGGACCAAGUGAAUGCCAUCAACACCACACGACGCAACCCCCUCUUUUUCCCAGAGUUUGAGCUGGCCCCGUCCAUCAUCGCCACGACCAGCGUCGAGGAAAGCUGUGCGAACGCCACGUUGGUGGUCAUAUGCAUUCCAGCGCAAGGAACGCCUGACUUUCUAGCGCAGCAUAAACACUCGAUUCCGUCGGAUGCCAUCUUGGUUGUCACGUCCAAGGGACUGUAUUUAAAGACCAAGCAAUUGCUGUCUGUGCCUAUCUUGGAAGCGUUGGGGCGUGACCAGCCCCUAUCGUUCUUGUCUGGGCCUUCGUUUGCGCUGGAACUCAUGAAGAACGCUCCGUCCGCUGUGGUGGUGGCCGCUCGAGAGUUGUACCACGCUGUGCGCGUGCAGCGACUGCUCUCGACCGUGGACUUUCGCAUUUACAGUUCCCAGGACAUCAUUGGUGUGCAAUUGGGUGGGGCUCUGAAGAAUCCGCUGGCCAUCGGCGCCGGCAUGAUCGAAGGCAGCGGCAUGGGCAUCAAUACGCUGGCGGCGUACGUCACGCGGAGUUCCCUGGAGCUGCAGAAGCUGUGCAUCGCAAUGGGGGGUCUGCCGCACACUAUUUCGGGGCUGUCAGGGAUUGGGGACUUGAUGCUCACUGCAUUUGGCAGUUUGUCGCGUAACCGGACGUGUGGUAUUCGCUUGAUCAAGGGCGAAAGCAUGCAAGACAUUAUGAAGGACGCGACCGUGGAAGGGGUGCCCACGGCGGAGGUGGCCGUGUACUUUGCCGACCAGUGCGGCUUGGAUUUGCCAAUCUUCCGUACAGUUAACGACAUGAUCCAGGGCCGCGUGAAUGCCGAAGACCUCCAGAGCAUCCUCAUGAACCGUCCAUUGAAAUCGGAAUAAUAUUUGUCCGUCCAUUGAAAUCGGAAUAAUAUU